AUGAACUCAGAUCUUCCUCAACCAACUCAGAUCUCUCUCAACCAACUCAAAUCUCCCUCAACCAACUCAUAUGAACUCAGAUCUCCCUCAAUUAACUCACAUCUCCUUCAACCAACUCAUCAGAACUCAGAUCUCACUCAUCAGAACUCAGAUCUCCCUCAACCAAUUCAGAUCUCCUUCAACCAACUCAGAUCUCUCUCAACCAACUCAAAUCUCCCUCAACCAACUCAUCAGAACUCAGAUCCCUCAACCAACUCAGAUCUCCCUCAUCCAACUCAUCAGAACUCAGAUCUCCCUCAACCAACUCAGAUCUCACUCAACCAAUUCAGAUCUCCCUCAACCAACUCAGAUCUCCCUCAACCAACUCAUAUGAACUCAGAUCUCACUCAUCAGAACUCAGAUCUCCCUCAACCAACUCACAUCUCCCUCAACCAACUCAUCAGAACUCAGAUCUUCCUCAACCAACUCAUCAGAACUCAGAUCCCUCAACCAACUCAGAUCUCCCUCAUCCAACUCAUCAGAACUCAGAUCUCCCUCAACCAACUCAGAUCUCACUCAACCAACUCAGAUCUCCCUCAACCAACUCAUAUGAACUCAGAUCUCACUCAUCAGAACUCAGAUCUCCCUCAACCAACUCACAUCUCCCUCAACCAACUCAUCAGAACUCAGAUCUUCCUCAACCAACUCAGAUCUCCCUCAACCAACUCAUCAGAACUCAGAUCCCUCAACCAACUCAUUACCAAAUCAGAUCCCAGUCCAUCUCCCACAACCUACUCAGAUCUUCCUCAUUCCAACUCAUUACCAAAUUAG